CGCCGACUCUUGAGAAAGCGACGAUCGACGUGCGGAGUUCCACCGACCAAGCGAGGCGCCAUGGCCAUCAACAUUGCGGGCGUGGUGUCCGUGGUGAUCUUCUACAUCCUCAUCUUAGUGGUCGGAAUCUGGGCCGGUCGCAAGAGCAAGAAGACCAGCAACGAACCCGGCGAUGCUGACGAGGUCAUGCUAGCCGGGAGAAACAUAGGCGUCUUCGUCGGAAUAUUCACCAUGACAGCCACUUGGGUUGGAGGAGGGUACAUAAACGGAACCGCCGAAGCUGUCUACAGCAACGGCAUCAUCUGGUGCCAAGCUCCCGUUGGCUACGCGAUGAGUUUAGUCGUGGGUGGCUACUUCUUCGCCAACAAAAUGCGAGCCGAAGGUUACGUGACCAUGUUAGACCCGUUUCAAGAGCUCUUCGGUGGCCGAAUGGGCGGCUUGCUAUUCAUCCCAGCGCUGUGCGGAGAAGUGUUCUGGUCCGCAGCGAUUCUGGCAGCGCUUGGUGCCACUGUGGGUGUGAUCAUCGACAUCGAUACUAACACGUCAAUCAUUGCAUCGGCGUGCAUAGCGCUCUUCUACACGUUCUUUGGAGGGCUUUACUCGGUGGCCUAUACGGAUGUCAUCCAGCUAUUCUGCAUAUUCAUUGGACUGUGGUUGUGCAUCCCAUUCUGCAUGCUCAACGAGUCAGUGGGUACGCUAACGUACCCGACGAAUGACUGGGUCGGUUCCUUGCAACCGAAGCACAUUGGACAAUACAUCGACUUUGGAUUGCUGCUCAUUCUCGGAGGAAUCCCAUGGCAGGUCUACUUUCAGCGGGUCCUUUCUUGCAAAACUGCCUUCAAGGCGCAGCUGCUUUCCUAUGUAGCUGCUUUCGGGUGUAUCAUCAUGGCUAUCCCUGCCAUGAUUAUGGGUGCUGUCGCCAAAGCUACAAGGUGGAACGAGACGGCAUUCACGGGUCCGCUGCCCCUGGACAAGGAGCACACAUCGCUGGUGCUGCCCAUGGUGCUGCAGUACCUGACUCCCGGCUUCGUCUCGUUCGUGGGGCUGGGUGCCGUGUCGGCUGCGGUCAUGUCCUCAUCGGACUCAUCCAUCCUCAGCGCAGCCUCCAUGUUUGCCAGAAACGUCUACAAGCUCAUCUUCAGGCAAAAUGCCUCCGAGCGGGAGGUCAUCUGGGUGAUGCGAGUCGCCAUACUGUUUGUUGGCGCCAUGGCCACCGCCAUGGCACUGACCGUCAAGUCCAUCUACGGUCUCUGGUACCUGUCCUCGGACCUCGUCUUCGUCAUCCUCUUUCCGCAGCUCGUCUGCGUUGUAUACAUAAAACACCACUGCAACACUUACGGAUCCCUCGGCGCCUACAUCAUCGGCCUACUCCUCCGCGGAUUAGGAGGGGAAGACAUCAUUGGUCUCCCAGCCGUUAUCAGGUACCCAUUCUACAACGAGGAGGACGGCCAGCUUUUUCCGUUCCGAACGCUUGCCAUGCUGACCAGCCUUGCGAGCAUCCUCAGCAUCUCGUCGCUAACGCGCUGGCUCUUCGAGAGCGGCAAAGUUCCGGCGCGGUUCGACGUGUUCCACUGCGUCGUCAACAUUCCGGAGGACAUCAUGAAGGUACAGGAGCCCCACGAGGGCGAGAUGACGGUGCUCAACGCGGGCGGCCUCGUCAAAAGCUACCAGACCGAGAUGAACGGCCGCGUCAACCCGGCGCUAAACCUGCACCCCGAGGAAGACGUCGAGGGGUUCCAGGUCAAGCCAUCCGCUGCCAUUGGAGGCGACCCGCUGUCUCCGUUUGGCGGCGGGCCGCUCUCCACCACUGUAGCGCAGCCGCCGCCGCCACCGCUGGGCGACAGGGGUGACGCGCUCUCAUCUGAAGACACUACCAAGCUCUAGGCUUGGCAGGGGUUCGGACGAGCCCCGGAGUCGCACGGGUCUUAUAGUUCGCCCCCGCUUCGGGCGGCUCCCCUGUCGCCCGGCCCUUCUCCUCUGUCCACUGGCGCGCGCGAGCCGGCCCCCCAAUCGCCACCCACGUUCCCCGUGUCUCGCCCGUGUUUCUCGUGUGUGUGCGUGCUUGUCCUGUCCGCGCCAUUUGGCCGUCUGGCGUAUACUGUGGUACGGAGCUGCCCUCAGUCGCUUCUCAGAUGGCGCUGGUGUAGCGAACGUGCGAGUAACGUCACAUAUUGUUGCGCUAGCAGUUCUCUCGCUGGAAAUGACGAAUUUUAGGGCACUCAUUGACAGUGAGAAGAUGCGUGGUAAAAAAGUUGUUGCUUAAAUAGCAGUUAGUAGGAACGAUGGGUAGGAACAUUGGAUAGGUAACGCAGCCGUGCUCUAGUGCAGGCAGAACUAUAGAAAAGACGACUUGGUGUUCAUCCGUUAGGUUGCCCUAAAUCACCAAGCUGUCCUCCUGAAGUGAGCGUAGUAUUCGAAGGGACACAAAACGAUGAUCAGUCUUGCGCUUCGUCAAUGAGCCAAAUGAAGUAAUUGCAGUAUAGGUAGCUCUCUGCUGAGAACGGCAAUGCUAAACUACGGUGAGUGUGUAUGGUCAUUCCAAGCAUUUAAAUGGAACGGCAUACUUCACGAGUGAACUUUAGUACGACCAACGCUGAGGCAUCCUGACAAAUCAAUCCGUAAGCUAACGGUAUGUUUACAAGUCUGUUAGCAGCAAACGUUAAGCGUUCACCUAAUGUUUUUACAAAGUACGUGCCAUUAUCCAGUGUUGCGAAAGAUCAUCGUGUAAAAACAGUAAUACUAUGCCCGUGACCGGGCCAUUGCAAGCGUGCUUUCUUUAAUCAAACAUUCGUCGUGCUCUCGACUUUUCAAAAAACACACUGUUAUGACUAAAAGCGUUAUGAUGACGCGAAAUUAGCGUAUGAUGCAAUCUUGCACAUAAGGCAAGCCUAAUUUUGUGCUUGCUUUUGUGUCCCAUUACACACUGUUUUAGUGACCGAGGGCUACAGCUAGCAAUUACAAGUGAGAGCGAAACCACUCUCGCUAAGACUUGUAAUUGAUGAGGUUAGGUGAUGUACAGCCUGCAGUCGCUGACUUCAGCCGAUAAGGUCUAUCGCACCAAAUACUUCGUUUCUCGCAGGAUUUAUUUCCUGUCUUUUGUUAGUUUAAUGCCACCUGGUUGGCGCCUGAAUGUUAUAUGCUCUACCAUCCGCAAAAUGUGCUCGCGCCAGAAACGGGAGUCACCAGCCCAAUUUACUUCCAGCGCUGAAGUCGGCUCGCUUAUUUUGGUAGCCGUAAUUACUAUGUGACAUGGUGAAAGGGGCCUAUUCGUGUUGAGUGUAAGUGCACGUCAACCUCAUUACAUAUUGUUACUUGGGUAACAAAAACAUAGUCGUGCGAGGAUAAAUGAGCAAAUCCUCUGUUUUCAUACUUGCAAAAUUUUGUAGUAUAUCACCUUUGGUGUAUUUCAGCUGCGCGCUAAAGGCCAAACGAAUGUGGCAAUGAGAACAUUAAUUCCGCGUCAUGUGGGUAAUUACUGCGCUAAGUGGAGUUUUCAUUUGCUUCCAAUUUGAUCGAAUCCGACUGCAUUAACGGGAAGCUAUACUUGAUGCUCGAUUUUAUGCAUGUUAUAACGCAUGGGAAGGGUGAGGCGCAUUUCAGGUUACAAGUAGAGUUUUCCCCCGUGUCUAUUUAUUGUUGUCUUCCCUUUACGCUGUUCUCUUCCACUCUGCUCGCAUCAAUUAGUUAUACCAGCUAACCCAACGUAGCCGGACGGUAUACUAUACCAACUCAGUUGCACGUGCAGCAGCACGGGACACAUUGCAGGUUGAGGAGGGCUAAAGGUGGGCCCCUUUCUUGUGUUUCAUAGCAUGCAGCCACUGAUGUCUAGCUCGUGUCCACACCUCGGGAGUCCAGGCGCCCAUUGUCUGAACCGUGUUGUAAUCGCCGAUAGGCAAAAUUAAUGCCGUAGUAGGCAGCGCUAUAAAAGCCGGGACAUUAACUAUGUCGACUGCUACUAUGAACGGUGGCCCUUUAGCACUCCCUAUGUCUGCAGUAGCUAGAUAUCGUUAUACCACAUAACUAUUGCCAUAUGGAAAGAUCUUUCUUCCUCUCUUCUUUUCUCCCGUGCAAGCGACGUGCACUACCGGCUCCUGCACACCCGGCGCGCAGCAGAGUGGCUUCUGUACUGCAGAGUAUUGACAUCUGCGAGACGCACCGCGAGGUGGCAGCGUCAAAGCAGACAUGUUGUGACAAUCACGUUAUACAGCGCGUCAGCAUAGAGGCGUCGGUAUUUUUUGGGAACGUUUAUCGCGGGGAAGCUAUACCCAAUACUUGUUGUGGUCGAUAACUCAAUGUUGUCAGCGCGAUGACAAUCAAGUUUAAAGUGCACUGUGAUCGUGGUACCCUUCUUUGGAGUGAUAUAUAGAUAUAUAUAUAUAUAUACAUACACAUGUUUCCUUUUGUCUUCGUUUGUCUUGUUCGGUGACAAUCAAUAAUCACGGGCGUGGUUUGAGCUACGUCCAAAAUGCCUGAUGGCACAGGGUCUGGACAAUCCUAUACUACACAGUAGCAAAGCAUUUACGAUGAACUGGGAGAACGUGUAGUCGUGAAAAGGCCGCUGCAUUUCGGCAGUCGAAAGCUGCACCACCUCCGUGGUACACGGCGAAACCUGGGAUGUUACACAACACUCGUGCAGUAGACUAAUAUGCCCUUUUUGGACCUUACUCUGGAAUUUAUUCUGCAUAGUCAGAAGUAGAAAGCGUCUACGACGCACAUCAAAUCAAAAGAGCGUAUGCGAGCCACCCCAUGCAGACGGAGCGCAAACUAAAAACUUUGGUGGCAUUUACGCAAAUUCCUGCAGUGCGCACGCUGUAUGCUUACGAAUUGCGAUCUGUCACGCGUCAGCCUAUUAAUUGAAAUAACGACUGGAAGAAGUAACAGUGGACAUCUUGGAUACUAAUAAAUGCUGAAUUAUGUCGCAAGCGUUGAUGUUCACUUUUCAGGUUCUGUCUAGGACAAUAGACAACACACGGGAGGUUUCAUACCCGCCGGAUUUCGACCGUUUGAGUUGAGGUCACGACAAACGCAUUUGCCUACUUUGUGAUGUUCGAGGAUCAAAAGAGUGCCACUCACUACUCGCCGCAAACAUUCAUGUUUUUUUUUAUUGUUGUGUCGUGGCAUGACAUUUCUGUGAAAUUGCCUAUUGUUUGCAUGCAUGCCCACCCUGUUUAGUUGUGUGAUUUCUUGAACAGUAAAUAGGAUUAUUACAGUCCUUAAAUAUAUUAUUUUGCACUUCGCAUUCAUCUUCGUACGCGAAACCAAAAACGUUCUAUUCAGCACACUGCCCUGUAGCGUGCUGUGUUCGGCUGUUUGAAUGUGUUAGUUGUACGAGCAAAACAAUGUGUUGCAGGUGCUGAGAGUAACUUAUAUAUAUGUACAUAUGUAUUAUUUACCGUCACUGCUUUUUGAACCUGUUAGAGACUUGAUUGCUGAGCAAUAUUUUCGCAUAUUCACAGAGCCCUCGUACUUAUACACUUUGUUCAAGGAUGCACUCGCCUGUAGCGGAAUCUUUUCUGGGACUGUGAGAAGGCAAGAAUGACGGUCCCCUCGUUGUUUCGAGACAAAACUUAUCUAGGCCGUAGCAGCUUAGGCGUUGGUUGAUGUUAAUGCUUGACGUAUCUAUAGGCGUAAUUUUACAAUUUUCCUUCAUCGGUGUAAGCCGUGCUCCGAUUGUAUUGUUAAUUCGUUGUGUCGCUGUAAGCCGUGUCAGGUGUUACCUGUUGUGAACCAACCUCUUUAGCUGUUGACAAUCAAGCCACAUCGUGUAUUAUACCAUCGCACCAAAGAAAAUCAAGACAUUGUGUGCAGCCAUGUUUUCAAGAUCCUUUAAGUGCAAUUACGUGUCCCUAUACGUAAGGCUGAAAAUCAAGUUGAAAGUGGCACGGGAUGGUUCGAGGUUAUACGCCCGUCUCUUGGUGCGAGUUUUCGCAAACAGUACGAACCACCGUCACUUCGUCGCGGUGCGAUGCUUAGCGCCGUUUUCCGGAAGCCUAAACCACCGUUUGUUGCAGUUCAGUAUAAAAUAAGCGGGAACACCGAUCAGUAGAAGGUUGUCCCAUCCGGCACGUGCUUUCCCGGGGCGAGAGUAAGUUACCGGGAUUUUUUUUUUUUUUGCCAUAUGUUGCCGCAAACUGUCCAAGAACAAUAUCUCCUGCAAACGUGAGCAGUGCCCUUACAGACGCUUAAAUAUAUUGCUCGAUACGUGAAAUAUAACCUAUAGUGUCAGCCUGCGGGUCACUCAAGUUCGCCAAUGUAUUUUGUUGGUGUUACUCUCACUGCUUUUAAAAAAAGACAAAGGAAACAUACGUAUACGUAUAAGUUUAUCAGACGCGAUUCGAAAGCUACCAGAAAGCCUUUCAAUCAGAAUAUGCGGCGACAUUCCUUUUUUUUUUGUUCACUUAAUAAGGGCAAAUGUCAUUUGUACAUGCUUAUAUGUUCACGCGUCAACCCCGCACCUUAAAAGCCUACUAAUCGAUUCGUACAGAAAAGCCACAUUCUAGCAGCGUCUCGACGCGAUUAUGUUAAGGCCUAUCACAUGCAGCAACAGUGCAGUUGGUUAGAAAGACUUUUUGGAAAGUCCAUGCGAGCAGUUACUUGCAGGGAAAUUUCACUGCUCCGUUGUCCAACGCCAUAGCGUUCACGGGAAAACCCAGCUGUUACAGGGCCGAAUCCUUACGAUCACAGUUAACGAAACGCCAGUAUGAAUAAUCACACCGAUGUACACGGCUCUUCAUGGUGAUUUUGGGGCUUUAGCUUAAGUUUCCCAGCUGAAAUAAUUUAACACGAAUUGUAAUGCAAUGUUAGAUUCCCAAUAUAGGAGCUAUGCUGCCACUGCGCGCGUUUACCGCUGGCCAGGACGACGCGUAGUCCCUGCGUACAAGAUCUUGCGUGUACAUUAAACUGUCACAUACUAUGCAGUAAUGUAUACGCGCAUGUGUUACUCGCAUAAGACUACAAGAAUAACUUAUGCAGUUUCGCUCAUGGCGGAUGCUGUGUGGUUCUAUCCUCAAUUUGUAUAUUUUGUUAGCAUCGCCUGUUACUCGUGCUAUGAACACAUUGCUAUUUUAUUGUCGUUUCUGACGAAAAUAGAAAACACGUACAUGACUAACGAAUUACCAAAGAGUGAGCUCUUCUUUUUCUUUUUGCAACAAACUUACAACGUCUCAAUAUUUUGUAGGAGAAAACGUGUGAUGGUAGAACCAUCACCUUUAUCGCUUUUGCUUUUUUCUGCUCCAUACAGCCAAAAUAUCUAGUCCACUUUAAGAAUGCAUCUCAUUUGACGCUAAUCACAUAACCAGAAUACAAUAUACAUCAAUACAUGCCAUUAUAACGCAUUAGAUAAAUAUGUAUAGGUUCCUAAUUAAACGCUCAAGUGCAAAAUAAACUAUUAGGUAAACGCGGACCGUUAUAUCUAGACUAUGCGGCACUGCGAAAACUCGACCGGGUGGAAAUGGACACGUUUGCCUAAAUCAAAGGUCACAAGGUUUUGCUUCAAGUGAACAGUAUUGUUUUUUUUUCUUUUCACCAACAAUUUUGCAAGAACAACUUUCUCCGUAAAAGCAGUGUUUAUCUUGGCGAAUAAAAUAGGACGUGCUAGGCAGUUGCAGGAUUAAUCUGUUACCCUUUAAAAACGCUCCUUUGUUCUUUCGUUCCCGCACGUUGAUUUAUCUUUCGACAAAGAGCUUGAAUCUUGUGCGAUUCCUUGCAUUAACCCUUGUGUAACGUUCGUCGCUUCAUGAUGGCGCCGUGUAUCUGUGCGUAUCUUGCACAGAUACGCGGUGGCCGAUGUGGACGAGCACAGCAAUGUGCUAAACUUUUAGCUGCUAGAAAAAGAAAUGAAGAUAUUUCACGGGGACAAACCAUAACUUGUCUUGGACCUUACUAGGGCAAGGAGAGCACAAUGUGCGUCUGUUAACGAAAUGCAUAGACAGCAAUAUCAAUCAACCUUGACAAUCAUGUAUUAGAUGUGUGUGCGUGUGUGUGCGUGUAAGUGUUAUUCAGAUAAUGUGAUAGUAAUGUUUCAUCGUGCAAAGGGUCAACUUACGGAACCGUUGAAGAAUGCCAUGAGCAUCCGACGAAAGGUGCAACAAGAUAAACAAUAAAGGAAGGUGUAUUAGUGUGUGAUAUGA